AUGAAAAAGAGGCACAUACUGACCGCAAGUAUCUCGGCUGAUGCAUUGCUAGCGUGUGAGCAGCAGCUGGAGCCUCCUAGACGUCCGAUUCAGCUCGCUAUUACAGAUAUUUUACCUAAAAAGGUUUCGUCAUUGCCAACUUCUCCAACUACUUUAGGACCGCUCUCUGCUCCACGACCUAGCUACGCGGAGAGGUUAGAGCACGCGGAGAAUACGGAGCUGUUUACAUACGCCAGUGCGCUAUGUCAUCGUGUUACAGGUCGAUAUCUGCCUCGGACAAUGUUACAAACUGAUCCUGAGGCUCAGCAACGUGAACUCGAGCGAAUUCAACGCGAUCCUGAAAUUUUGCGUGCGAUUGAUGCCGUUCGCGUGUUGUCAGCCCAAUUUAAAGACGUGGCACAGACCACGAUGGGUCACCGAAGAGAACUGGGACAUACCCUAUUUCGCAUUGAAGAGAGCUACUUGAAACUCUUCGAGAAGCUUCUAGAGCUCUCGUUGCGACUGUAUUGGGAGUACGAACAGCGAACUGAAGCACAACGAAAAGAAGACCAAGCAAGCAUAGAGCGAUGGCGUGAGAAAUAUGAGCGAAAAAGUGUCGAACACGUGAAGCUUAAUAAGAAGCUAGCCGCAAGAGAAAUUAUCCACCGCACACGAGAAAUCGAACUCCAGGGCUGUCAAGUUGAAACGAGAGAAAUCGAGAAAGAACUGGGAAGCCAACGCGAGCUGGAGGCGCAUAUUUUCCAGCUACAGAAUGAAGCUGCGUUGCAGCGAGUGCUGGAACGAAAACUACGGGACGAUUUCAAUCAAUUGACCAAAACGCACGAAGAGAUGGCUGAACAUCAAAAAGAGCUCAGAGAAGAGGAAAAGUUUAUCAGUAAACAGGAGGUUACGCUUCGCCACCUCGAGGAAAUCGUCUCGGUUCCUCCUGUUUGCUACGAAUCUCAUUCAUCACAAACAGAAGUGGACGACGAUGGGCUGUGGGAUGUUCAGGAUGGCAUUCCUCGGUUUGUAUCGAAAAACAUGGUGCACAAGAUGAUGUGGCGCCGAUUUAAUGCGUUUGUCGCAUGUAAGAACUGUGGUGGUCGGCCACUUCCAAAGACGAUAAAGACGAAUCCCUUCGGAAGAGGUACACAAGACGACACGAUCGAGCUCCCGAGUCACACGAUUUUAUUCCUCUCGAAUCUGCCCAAAUCGGUUGUGGCUUUCCCAUUCUACUCGGCUGAGCGUGUGAUUUCACAAAUUGAACAAAUCUACGACGAUAAGUUCGCAUCCGACCGAACGGAUGAAGCCGACGGCGUAGCACGAGAAGAACUGCCUCGUUAUAUCUGCGAGUACUUUUUGAAGACUCACGGGCUUCGACAAAGCGCAGAGAUUGGACUGUAUCGCUUUUUAAUCUCGGUCAAGAGCACGUUCCAGCGCAACUCGCAUGUUCGACUAUUUGCGCGCUUCUUCCUCCAUGUGUUCUUAGAGGCUCGCCAUUAUCUGAUACGUCCACCACCUCGUGUGCCUUUAAAAGGUAAGAAGACACGUAGUAGUCCUGACCAAAACGUGACCGCUGUCGAGCAUGUAGUCCAGGUAGAACCGACGAAGAAGUGGGUACCUCUGGACCAUGCUAUCACAGUGUUAAGAUGGUACAGUAGUUGUCUACCAGAGGACAGUAUUUCGUAUUACUGUCGACAGGUCGAGCACAGCACGGCGAUUUACGACGGCCACACACUCACGGAGAUCGCUGGCAAUCGACUGGCAGUUCGCGCCGAGAUGAGACGAGUAAUGCUAGCUAGCGAAAACCCUGAGCUGUCUUCUUCAUCAGCCCCAGUUGAAGGUGGCAAGGGGCGACAACGUGUAUCACAACCGCGAAUUGUAGCCAAUGUGCAUAAAGUGCUCAAGCUACUGAUGGACGCGCUUGAACAGCGUCACGAAGGCAUCAAGAAGGACCUAACGGAACUCUUCGAUUCGGGUGACGUGAAUCACGACUGUGUGCUGACGUUGGACGAGUUCAGUGCGAUUAUCCGACAGCGAAAGCCUCACUUCAGCGACCGACGGAUUCUGCGGAUGUUCCGCGAGUCUCUAAUGGGUGGAGCUGACCAAUCCUUCGCGCUCUCCAUGAAGGCGUUCGUGGUUGUCUGCAAUGAUCACGGCUUGGUGUCGCUACUUCCUGACGAUCGCAUGGUGGAUCCGUUCUCUCAUUCAACACUUGAAACCAGACAACGACCAAAAAAUCUCUCGAGUAAGUCCAUACAGCACGAUGAAGUCACUGCAUCACAGCCAGCAGAUACGACAGUGAAUAUCCACACAGAAAUCCCGGAAGAUAUCCCCUGGGAUGACACUAGUCUCUUAUCUGCAAGAGCACAAGAAGUAGAUGAAGAAGAACACGCAACAUGGCAGGACUCUGACAUGUAG